GCCUGAUCGAUAUUGGUCUCGUUAUUGAGUACCUCAUGGGUGGAGCCUACCGUUGCAAUUACACCAGAAAAAGAUUUAGAACUCUUUAUCACAAUUUAUUUGGACCCAAACGACCAAAAGCACUGAAGUUAUUAGGAAUGGAGGAUGAUAUUCCAAUGAGGAGAGGAAGAAAUACUACAAAGAAGAAAGAGGAGGAGGUGGACAUUGAUUUAGAUGAUCCUGAAAUAAAUCAUUUCCCUUUCCCCUUUCAUGAGCUCAUGGUAUGGGCAGUACUAAUGAAAAGACAGAAGAUGGCUUUGUUCUUUUGGCAACAUGGAGAGGAAGCAAUGGCCAAGGCUCUAGUGGCUUGCAAGCUCUGCAAAGCAAUGGCACAUGAAGCAUCUGAAAAUGACAUGGUUGAUGACAUUUCACAGGAACUCAAUCACAACUCCAGAGAGUUUGGGCAGCUGGCUGUUGAGUUAUUGGACCAGUCAUACAAGCAGGAUGAGCAGCUGGCAAUGAAACUGUUGACCUACGAGCUAAAGAACUGGAGCAAUGCCACAUGCCUGCAGCUUGCUGUAGCAGCCAAGCAUCGGGACUUCAUUGCUCACACAUGCAGCCAAAUGCUUCUGACAGAUAUGUGGAUGGGUAGGCUGCGAAUGCGUAAAAAUUCUGGUCUAAAGGUGAUUCUAGGAAUUCUUCUGCCACCUUCAAUCCUUAGCUUAGAGUUCAAAAACAAAGAUGAGAUGCCAUACAUGUCCCAAGCAAAUGAAUUGGAACUGCAAGAAAAGGAAGUAGAAGAACCAGACAAGACUGUAAAAGAGAAAGAAGACGAUGACAUGGAGCUAACGGCAAUGUUGGCCAGAGGUAAUGGGGAUUCAUCCAGAAAGAAAGAUGAUGAUGAACAUCCAAGACACCGGCUUAUACCCUUGGGAAGGAAGAUCUAUGAAUUUUACAAUGCACCUAUAGUUAAAUUCUGGUUUUAUACAAUGGCUUAUAUGGGUUAUCUUAUGCUCUUCAAUUAUAUUGUAUUAGUAAAAAUGGAUCGCUGGCCCUCAAUGCAGGAAUGGAUUGUUAUUUCAUACAUCUUUACACUGGGAAUAGAAAAAGUGAGAGAGAUCUUAAUGUCUGAACCAGGGAAGCUGUUACAGAAGUUUAAGGUUUGGUUGCAGGAAUACUGGAAUGUGACAGAUCUCAUCUCCAUCCUUCUCUUCUCUAUUGGAAUGGUGUUUCGCUUACAAGAGCAACCUUACAGCAGCUACGGGAGAGUGAUAUACUGUGUAAACAUCAUCUACUGGUACAUACGCUUGCUUGAUAUUUUUGGUGUCAACAAGUAUCUUGGUCCAUAUGUUAUGAUGAUUGGCAAAAUGAUGAUUGACAUGAUGUACUUUGUGAUCAUUAUGUUAGUGGUGCUAAUGAGUUUUGGUGUGGCAAGGCAAGCCAUCCUCUUUCCCAGUGAGGAGCCCUCAUGGAAAUUGGCAAAGAACAUUUUUUACAUGCCCUACUGGAUGAUCUAUGGUGAAGUGUUUGCUGACCAGAUAGACCCACCCUGUGGAUACAAUGAGACAACAGAAGAUGGCAAAAUAGUGCAGCUUCCUCCAUGCAAAACUGGAGCGUGGAUUGUCCCAGCAAUCAUGGCCUGUUACCUCUUAGUUGCUAAUAUUCUUUUGGUAAACCUUCUGAUAGCUGUGUUCAACAACACAUUCUUUGAAGUCAAGUCCAUAUCAAACCAAGUUUGGAAGUUCCAGAGAUACCAGUUGAUAAUGACAUUUCAUGAAAGGCCUGUCUUGCCUCCUCCUUUGAUUAUUUUUAGCCAUUUCACUAUGAUAUGUAAGCACCUGUGCUGUCGCUGGAGAAAGCACGAAAGUGACCAAGAAGACAGAGACUAUGGAUUAAAGUUAUUUAUAACAGAAGAUGAACUAAAAAAAGUACAUGAUUUUGAAGAACAGUGUAUAGAAGAGUAUUUCCGAGAAAAAGACGACCGGUUUAACUCUUCUAAUGAUGAAAGAAUAAGAGUCACAGCAGAAAGAGUGGAAAAUAUGGCUAUGCGCCUUGAAGAGGUCAAUGAAAGGGAACAUUUUAUGAAGGCAUCUCUCCAAACAGUAGAUAUAAGACUUGCUCAGCUUGAGGAGUUGCUGGGAAGAAUGACUACAGCGUUAGAAAAAUUCACAGGAGUGGAAAGAGUAGAGAACAAUAAAACAAGGUCUAGAACUUCCUCAGAUUGUACUGAUGCUGCCUAUAUAGUUAGACAGAGCAGCUUUAAUAGUCAAGAAGGGAAUGCCUAUAAAUUGCAUGAAAUUAUAGACCCUGUUGGUGAAGAACCAUUAUCCCCUACAUCACCCACCCUUAUGCCACGAAUGAGAAGUCAGUCAUUUUAUGCAACAAAUUUAAAGGACAAAACUGGGUUAGAAAAAUUUGAUGGUUUCUUUAAGGAAAGAACUUUAAGCCUACACCGUGCUAUAAGUUCCCACUCUAUAUCUAAGGAUAUAAAACCUCCCCCGUCCCCAUUAAACUCUUUGUCAGUAGCUCCAGACUCAAGGAGGCCUUCUUCUUGCAUAGACAUAUAUGUUUCAGCAAUGGAUGAGGCACAGUUUGGCAUAGACUGUGGAGAAAGCUCAAUGAAUGUAGGUUGCAGUGAUAACUUUGCAGAUUCAGCUUUUAUAAGUCGGGGCUGUAGUUCUUCCAGUCACUGUGUGGGGAAAAGCUGCAGCAGAAAUCCUAGCUAUGAGGAAGGCACAACAACGGACACCCUUGGAUAUAUUUCAGAAACCACAAGCAUGCCAUGUGGCCAAAAUACCUGGGAUACAGACCCUCCAAUGUAUCAUACACUAGAACGCUCUAAAAGCAGCCGUUUUCUAGCUACAGCUCCCUUCAUCCUAGAAGAAACGCCUAUAGUAAAAUCACAGAGUUUUAUAUUUUCACCCUCUAGAAGUUAUUAUAGCAAUCUUGGUGUACCAGUAAAGACUGCAGAAUAUACAAGUAUCACAGACUGUAUAGAUACCAGGUGUGUUAGCAAUACACCCCAAGCAACUGCCGAAAGGUCCACAUCUCCAGGAUGUGUUCAAGAAAAAGUAGAAGACCUUAGCUGCUGCCAUCCAGAGAGAGAAGCUGAGCUUAGUCAUCCCAGCUCAGACAAUGAGGAACCUGAUGCAGAUGGGAAAAACAAAUGCACAACUUCCCAAGAAAGUUCAUCAUCAAGAACGAUCUUCAAUAAUUUAACUUUCCCAAAGAUUGAAAGAGCAAACAGUUAUUCUGCAGAGGAACCCAGUACAAUGUAUGGACACACAAAGAAGAGCUAUUCAAUAAGUGAUAAACUAGACAGACAGCGUACUUCUUCAAGCCUUAGAAAUCCAUUCCAAAGGAGUAAGUCAUCCAGACCUGAAAGCAGAGGAGAUACUUUGUCUAUGCGUCGACUUUCAAGAACAGCAGCCUUUCGUAGCUUUGAAAGCAAACAUAACAACAAGUUCUAA